CGGCAGCUCAGUGCAAGAAGGAUGCUGUGAGCACAAGGAGUGCAUGGGCACAAAGGCCAGGAGUGCGUGCAGCAGGGCAGGAUGGCUGCGGCGUGUGCCGGGACUCUCCGCAGGGUAGGGAGGCUGUAGCCAAGCAGGGGGUGCUCAGCCCAUCUGCCCCUUUUGCGUCAGAGCGCCCGGCCCCGGCACGGUGCCACCACAGCCGGGGGUGUUCUCAUGCCGGGGAGGGCACUUGAGGACAGGGGCCAAAUCCAGAGUGUCUGGAGGAGGAUGGGGAUGGGGGAUAAGGAGCUCGAUCCUCGAGCACAGCCUGGUGCAGGGGGGUGAAGGAGGAGCGUGGGAUUAAAUGGGGUCUCCAGAUGUUGAGUGUGGACAGAUGUGGCUGCAGCUCAAGGGUAGGCCGCCCAUCUGGCUCUGCUCCACUGAGAUGGGAUGGAAGAUGAGCUGCCCAUCAACUGCAUGCUGCUCUCCCAGCCCCCCCAGCCCCUCGUGGGGGCAGCAGGGACAGAAGGGGACAGAAGGGGUACAGAGCACCUGGCCCCUCAGAUGUGCCCAACCAGCAGCUCUGCAGCCCGGCAAGGCAGGUGACUCAAGGCACAGCACAAACAGAGCAAACAGUGUGGGUGCACUUUCCUGCUGCAACGGGGAGCGAGGGCCAGGUGGGCCAAGGGGCCCCGCAGCGGCACAGCCUGUUAAUGGCUCACCACAUCUGCUGCUGCCUCAUUUAACCACCCGCCUGCAAAACAACAGCUUGCCUGGAGCGUGUGCCUGGCGGCACUGUGCCAGCAUGGCUCCGUCCUGCAGGGUCCCCCACUGUGCCCGGCCAGGAGCUGUCACCCUUCAGUUGGACACAGGGCAGGGCAGCGCAGGCUGCAAGGUUGAGGGAUGUGGGGACCAUGGGGACAGUGCUGGCAGUGUUGUGUUCAGCUCCUAAACCUCAUGGGAUGGAGAAGCUGCUGCACUGGCUCCGUGAACUGCAGACCUGUGCCAGGCAGCUCCUGCAAGCAGGGGACAUCAAUGUCCCCACUGGCAGCUCCUACAUCCCUGUGCUGCUGGGGAAACCGAGGCACAAGCAGACUUUCCCUGCAGCAUGGCCUCCACACGAGGGGACUGGAGUAGUACACACAUGGGCACGGACACACAUGUGUGAAUGAACACACACGCACAUACACACUCAGAUAAACCCAGACCUGGCUCAGGAGUGAGGUUGUGUCCAUCUGUCCUGGAGGCAAGGAAGGAGCCUGUGCUGCAGGAGGGGCAGCAAAGUGUCAGCCCCUGUGUUCCCCUGAGCCUCCAGGUGAGCAAAACGCUGUGCACCUGCACGGUGACACAGGAGCAGUGCUGCACCCAGAGCACCGUCCCUGUCAUGGGUGGGGAUGAGCUCUAUCCCCGAAGCUCAGCCUCCCCAGGGGCCCCCAUCCGCGGCUCGGGGGCAGCAGCGAAGCUCGGGGCCAUCCCAUCCCGCGGCUCUGCCCACGCCGCUCUCCCUCCGCCCCGCGUCUCCACGCACCCCAGGGGCUGUGCCAUGCUGCGGCCACCAGCGGGAACAGACACGCACUGAAGGUGGCACCGCACGCCAAGAGGGUGGCACGAAAGCCACCAAGGUGAGAACCCACCGGGCACAGGAGUGGGACCUCGGGUAGAGGAGGGGAGAGAAGGACCCGGACAGGACCCCUGCCAGCAGGCACAGCGCCUUUCUGCAGAGUGAAGGGCUCAGGGCUAGGGAAGGGUUAAUACCAUCCUGCCGCAGCCGAUCGAUGCCCGUUUCCCGGGGGGCACAAAGAGAUUGGGCUCGCUGAUUAGCCGGAUCUAAUUUUCAGUUAAUUAGCAUCACUCUCCUCUCCCACACAGCCCCCGGGGUUGGGGGUCUGCUCGGGUCGAUGCUGGAAAAAGGGGCCAAGGCCAAGCCCCCAAGGCUCGCAGGGAGGGAAGUAUGGGGACCCCCCUAUUGCCCCCUCCCGAUCCAACCCCAGGCAUUGCGGGGGGCUGUGGGCAGGCGGGAGCCCGGGCGGAGCUUGGCGCGGGGGUCGUGAUGCUCCGUUGGUCCCGGAGCCGUCGGGGUUUGGCCGAGCUCGGCAGCUGGGGGGCACUGAGGGCCUGGACCCCCUCAGUGGGCAGGGGGGCAGAGGAGAACGUACAGGGAGCUGAGCAGCGGGGGCUGAGCUGAGCCAGGGCGGCAUAGAGGCCACGGAGGGACGGAAUGGGGCCAGCAUGAGGGGUCGGGCUGGGACACGGCCCUCCCGGUCUCAGGACCCCAAGGCUCCAUGCCGCCCCCCGACCCCCGCCGCCGCCCGGGCACUAGGACCCAGCUUCCCGCGGGAAAUGCUAAUUUGGGACCAUUCUAACCAAUCACAACGCAGCGCUCGGGUGUGGCGUUCCCCCGCUCUCUGAGGAGGCCUCUCUGAUUGGCCGCAGCCUCGCGCCCUCGGGCCAAUAGGAGCGCGGGGCGCGGGGCGGGGGUUUGUGAAUGGGGUCGGGCGCGGGGCCGCAUCCCGCACGGGGCUUUGCGGGGUCACCCCUGGCACCACCAUCUCCCGGCCCAGCUGAGCCACCCCGGUGUCCCCAUGCCAUGCCCCCGCCGGCGGUGCCCUCACCUCCCUGAGUCUCCCUGUGUUCCCCCGCAGCCGACACGUGGUGGAGGGCGAUGGUCCCGGUGCCCAACAGCACGGCGGUGACAUGGCCGGAGCCGGAGCGGUCGCCCUGCAUGGUUGGCAUCUUCCCUGUCGUGUACUACAGCGUCCUGCUGGGCCUGGGGCUGCCAGUGAACGUCCUGACAGCCGUGGCCCUGUCCCGCCUGGCCACGAGGACCAAGAAGUCAUCAUACUGGUACCUGCUGGCCCUCACCACGUCCGACAUCCUCACCCAAGUCUUCAUCAUCUUCGUGGGCUUCAUUCUGCAGACGGCCAUCCUGGCACGGGCGGUGCCUCGCGCCUUCAUCCACAUCGUCAACGUUUUGGAGUUCACAGCCAACCACGCCUCCAUCUGGGUCACCGUCCUGCUCACCGUGGAUCGCUACGUGGCCCUGUGCCACCCUCUGCGGUACCGCGCCGUCUCCUACCCCCGCCGCACCCGCAGGAUCAUCGCCGCCGUCUUUGCCGUGGCUCUGGCCACUGGCAUCCCCUUCUACUGGUGGCUGGACGCCUGGCGUGACGCCGAUCCACCCACCGCACUGGACAGGGUGCUCAAAUGGGUGCACUGCGUCACCAUCUACUUCCUGCCCUGCAGCAUCUUCCUGGCCACCAACUCCGUCAUCAUCCACAAACUGAAGCAGCGCGGACGCUCCGGGAGACGCCGGCUGCACCGGGGCAAAACCACGGCCCUCCUCCUGGCCAUCACCACUGUCUUCAUCGUGCUCUGGGCGCCCCGCACCGCUGUCAUGAUGUGCCACCUCUACGUGGCCUCGGUCAAGCGGGACUGGCGCGUGCACCUGGCCCUGGACAUCGCCAACAUGGUGGCCAUGCUCAACACCACCCUCAACUUCUUCCUCUACUGCUUUGUCAGUGAGACGUUCCGCCGCACCGUGAGCGAGGUGCUCUGUGGCCACACGUGGCAUGGCCCCCGCCACAGCGGCGCCCGCUUUGUGCCCCCAGCCCCGAGCCCACUGCAGCUGCUGGGCACGGCGUGCUCAGCAGGGUGCUGCCACCAGCCGGGGGUCUCGGUGCUCACCCAGCACCCAGUGGGACGACGCCUCAGGGAUGCUGCCCCGCUGUGCCCAAACCCACAGAGCUGCGGUGCUGGGGGUGGUGGGAGCUCACAGCUGCUCUCCAGCUCCAACAGCGCAGCAAACCUGCGCCCGGGGCUGGGCCCAGGUGAGCUCUGCAGCCCCGGGGAGGAGGCAAUGUGAUGGGGUUGAACUCUCCUGCAUAAACUCCAAUGUUUGGUCUGUAAUGCUGCGUGGCUCCGUCUGAGUCUCUCUGCUCAGCCUGGUGCCCUCGGGGUGCUGCAGUUCUGUGUGACCCGGCUCCCCGUGUCCCCUCUGCACGGCACGCACACAGCUCAGAGCCACGCUCUCACUUACACCACCACACUGCUGCAGUGCUGAGCAGCCGGGGCCGUGCCAGCCUGCCUGUCCCCAGCUGCCACCAGAGGGCAGGGACAGGACGCCCAGCAGAGCUGGCACAGGCAGCAGCAGGGAGCUGGCACCCUAUGACCCGUGGGAGCAGCUGGGUCCAGAGCAACAGCCCUGCCUGCCCCACUUUCCAUCCUAAUUCUCGCAUAAGGUCCUUACUAUAAUCCCCCCCAAACAGAGCUGCCUUUCCACCGUAAUUCCUCAUAAACCAGCACCCAUGGAGCUGCCCCAGUGCUGGGGGCUCAGCUGGCCCUGGAAUAUUUGGGCUGCCCCAAGCAGGGCACAGAGAGCAACCCAGUGCUCUGCGCCCACCAGGCUGAGCCCAGCACUGGGGUGGCAUGGGGCACAGUAGGAUGCCCACCUACCUUUGCCCCCACUGCACAGAAGAUGAGCCCAGGAUGACCUCAUGGUGUGGGGCUGACCCACACGGGUACAGGCACACAUCCAGGGCAAUGUUCCUCACACUCUGCAGCCCUGGGCACAAUGCUGACCCCUGCAUUACACCGGGGGAGUCCGGCCCCCACUGCCCUGUUCUCACCAACAGGGUUCAGCCCCAGCCUUGCUGGGGUGGGUGGUAGCCGGGAGGUGCUCGCUCCAUUAAUUCUGGCAUUUCAGGAGAGAAGGACUGGGGCUGGAUUAGACAUUAACCCAGCAGUGAGCACCUCCUGCCGCCCCGCACCCUCCUGCAGGAUUUCCCACCCCAUAACCCGGCCAGGGGCCGCACUGUGGGGCUGUGGGGGGCACGAGGGCCUGGCUGGGAAGGGCAGCACUGAACCCAAGCGCCGUGCGGAGGCCAGGGCUGCCGCCAGCCCCCCCUCGCCCGGCGCUUAUUUA